GACCAAUCAGCGAUAAGAGCUGGUCGCAACUUUCGCAGUCGCCGAUUGGCACGCACAUGUUCUUGGCCCCGCCUUCACACGUAUAAAAGCUGUGGGACACGCCCCCCCGGUGGAGUCCAGCGCCAUUUUGCGGUUGGAAAAGAGUGUGUGCUGCUCUGGUUGGGUGUGAGACUCAGCCCACCGUUCCUGGUAAUUCUGAAAUUAUUCUCUGUAACAGGAAAUAACUAGCAUGUGCUCUGACUGGGGCUUCUUACUAGCUGGGAGCUAGAGACACAGACAGGGAUUAUAUAUGGCUUGCUGUUACUAUAUUACAUGUAUUAUAUGGUUACUGUGUGAUAUAUUACAUGUAUUAUAUGGUUACUGUGUGAUAUAUUACAUGUAUUAUAUGGUUACUGUGUAAUAUUACAUGUAUUAUAUGGUUACUGUGUGAUAUAUUACAUGUAUUAUAUGGUUACUGUGUGAUAUAUUACAUGUAUUAUAUGGUUACUGGGUAAUAUAUUACAUGUAUUAUAUGGUUACUGUGUGAUAUAUUACAUGUAUUAUAUGGUUACUGUGUGAUAUAUUACAUGUAUUAUAUGGUUACUGUGUGAUAUAUUACAUGUAUUAUAUGGUUACUGUGUGAUAUAUUACAUGUAUUAUAUGGUUACUGGGUAAUAUAUUACAUGUAUUAUAUGGUUACUGUGUGAUAUAUUACAUGUAUUAUAUGGUUACUGGGUAAUAUAUUACAUGUAUUAUAUGGUUACUGUGUAAUAUAUUACAUGUAUUAUAUGGUUACUGUGUGAUAUAUUACAUGUAUUAUAUGGUUACUGUGUGAUAUAUUACAUGUAUUAUAUGGUUACUGGGUAAUAUAUUACAUGUAUUAUAUGGUUACUGUGUGAUAUAUAUUUCAUGUAUUAUAUGGUUACUGGUAAUAUAUUACAUGUAUUAUACGGUUACUGGUAAUAUAUUACAUGUAUUAUAUGGUUACUGUGUGAUAUAUUACAUGUAUUAUAUGGUUACUGUGUGAUAUAUUACAUGUAUUAUAUGGUUACUGGGUAAUAUAUUACAUGUAUUAUAUGGUUACUGGGUAAUAUAUUACAUGUAUUAUAUGGUUGGUUACUGUUAAUAUAUUACAUGUAUUAUAUGGUUACUGUGUGAUAUAUUACAUGUAUUAUAUGGUUACUGGGUAAUAUAUUACAUGUAUUAUACGGUUACUGUUAAUAUAUUACAUGUAUUAUAUGGUUACUGUGUGAUAUAUGACAUGUAUUAUAUGGUUACUGUGUAAUAUAUUACAUGUAUUAUAUGUUACUGUGUAAUAUAUUACAUGGUUACUGUGUGAUAUAUUAUAUGGUUACUGUUAAUAUAUUACAUGUAUUAUAUGGUUACUGUGUGAUAUAUUACAUGUAUUGUAUGGUUACUGUGUGAUAUAUUACAUGUAUUAUAUGGGUACUGUGUAAUAUAAACAUGUAUUAUAUGGUUACUGUGUAAUAUAUUACAUGUAUUCUAUGAUUACUGUUUAAUAUAUCACAUGUAUUAUAUGGUUGCCCUGUUAUUUAUUAUAUCUCUUACUGUGAAUAUAUCACAUUAAUUGCCCAUUGACUAUAUCACAAUUGUUAUAUUGCUUACCGUUAAUAUAUUACAUGUAUUAUAUGGCUUACUGCAAAGUAAAUAAAGGAACUGAUUAGAAGGUUAAAAAAAUCAAUAUUAAAUAUUUAUACAAAUAAAUAUCAAACGGGCUGCAUCGCAUAAAAUUGAGCGACUUUAAGAACCUAUAUGAAGAAUUAAUAUGAAAAUAUGUGCGCUCCAAAAAAUAAAAAAAUUAAUAUAAGAACCGGGUCUUAUUUUUGGGCAAAGAAGGUAAUAUUGAUUGUGGAGGAACCGGAGAGCACAGGAAGGGUUUAUCAGGUGGUGAGUGAGGGGAGUUAGGGAGACACAUAGUUACAGAGGGAUAUUAUACGAUAUAGUGAGACAUUUUAUGGUGGUAAGGAGGAUUUGGGCAGCAACUUUUGAAAAAUUUGGAAUAGAUUAAUUUUUAUUUUUUUAAACUUAGAAAAAUGCAAUUGUAAAACCUAUUAAAUUUUAUUUUGUACAUAUUAUUUGUAUAAGCAGCAGGAGACUGGGAUAAAAUAUCCGAUUGACAGGAGGAGAAGGCAGAUGUGAAGGAGGAUACAGAGGACAUCUAGGUUUUGGGGGGGGGAGGGGGAAUGGUAUUGAAGCAGUAAAUGUGGAAGAAGUGAGACAGAUUGGCAAUACAAAGGAGUGUGCUUCAACUCAUUACUAAGAUAGUUGUAGGGAAUACACAUUCCAAAUGCAUUUCAACUAUGUGUUUUGAGAGGCAAAGUAUGUUUUAUUUACCAGACUUAGGGUUGUUUCCUUGUAAGGCAAAAAGUCAGGAGAAGGAAAAAUGACGGUAGUAGAAUGGAGCAGGAUCGAGUGGAAGAGGAUGGGGUAGGGAGGCAAACAUAAACGAGGGGAAGUGUCCGUGGUCCUGAGGUUUCUACACAUGGUUUAAGCGGAUUAGAUAAAUAAAGAUUUAAACAUUAAUCUGAUACAGUCACAAGCUGACAGCUGAUGUAAAAAUAGAAUUUAUUUUCUUUAUAUAUAUAGAUAGAUAGAUGGAUAUAUGAGCACAUAUAUUUAAACCAACAGUCUUUCCACUCACACGGCUGCAGAAAGUAACACAUUAAUGGUUGUUGUAAAGUAGGUCAGUAUUAGGUAGAAUGUAAUAUUACAAAACCAAGACAGGAAGCGGAAUAUUGUUUUAUAAAUUCUAUAUAAUUCAUAGGAGUCUGAGAAUAAAAUCCAAUUUUGUUCGUACAUUGUUUGUUUUGUUUUCAGAAGUGCCAUAUGAUAUAGUGUAAUUAUAGAGCAAAGUUCUAAAAGUGGACUAACUUCCCCAAUAGUUACUUUGGUACUUGUUUUGAAUACGCUGGCCUUUGUCUGUGUCUCCAAACUGAGCAUUGAGAGAUUUUAUUAUUUAACAAUUUCUGUCUGGAUAUCACCUGAAGAGCUGUCUCCUUAAUUUUACUAUAAUGAUAUUUUUUAGUUGGAGUCACUUUGUAGCUGUUUUGAGCCCUAAGGGAAACUUAUUGGGCUCUGGUGAAUUCCCGCUCUCGUGACAUAUAUUUACAUGUAUAUACUAUUGUCUGUCACAUUGCACUUCUAUAUAUUUUUGAAAACCACAUGAAAAAUUCUACCCCUCCUCCUUUUUUAUUUCCCCCUUAUCUAUAUAGUUUUUUUUAAUGGUGUUUCUUUGUGGGGGGUUUUUAGACUUACGUUUUGCAAUAAAGUGUAAUAUAUUUAUCUGUUUUCCACUAUACUUGGGGACCUCUCUUUGUCUUAGAUGCCUUGGCAUCCUCACUUUGGGGGGGUGGAGAGGGGGGGGCAGGAGUUGUACAAUUUAGUGAUCUUACUUUUGAGAUAUACAGGUAUAUAAAACAUUGUAUGUUUCUUUUUUUCUCCCUCAUUAGGUUUUUGUUUACUUGUUUCAUUUGAAAUAAGAAAUAUGAACCAUCCUCGACUUAUCACGUUUACAAGGGCCCGGGAGAGAUCAGACUUUUGGGAAAAUGGUGAACACAGUAGGAAGAAAUCAUUCGGAGUAUUGGAGUGUAGCACUUCCGGGGCGGAGGCAAGAAACUUCUAUGAAAGUCUUAUUUCUUCUGAAGGUAAAACAUCAACUUCUAGAAGACUUAUUCGGAAACGCAAAAUAGCCAUACCUUCGUCACAUCGAGAGUCUCUUGUUACUAGUUCUCAAGAUGGACCUACCAGAACUGUACCAACAGAAAGAGCUAUCAGUGUUGGCCAUCAACUUCUUAAAUGUUCUCAAGAAGGGGACCUUAAAGGGGUUCAGAAGUUAGUGGAAAAAGAGAAAUGUGACAUCAAUUUUUCAGACAAUUUCUUUUGGACUGCGUUAAUGUGUGCUGCAUAUGGAGGACGAAAGGAUGUAGUGAACUAUUUGUUGAAGAGUGGAGCAGCCUGGGUUGGAGUGUGUGAUACCCAGGGUAAGGAUGCUUUGAUCUUGGCAGAAGAAUCGGGGCACAGUGACAUUGUUCAGCUUCUGCAAGAUUCUCUAAGUGGUCUUUACCAGGAGACUGCACCAAGGUUGGUAUUUGUUAUGGAAUGUAUUUAUGAGAGUGAUUAAAUUGCAGUCCUAGCAAGAUUACCUUUGAGAAGAUUUGCUUAUUGGAAUACUUAAGAGCCAGCAGGAUGAGAGAAAGAAUGUCCAGGUAGCAGUAAAGAGAGAGAUACGUAGAAAAAAUAGAACAAUAUUGGGGUAUCUUAGUUAAAGUGAACCUGUCACUGCAGGUAUUGCAGUUUUUUAACCAUCUGACUUGACUCAUGUUAUAUAAGUAAAAGGAAGCUAUAGGCACCAGACCUCUUCAUCUUAUUAAAGUGGCCUGGGUGCACUGUCCCUGUCUCCAUAACCCUGCAGUCUAAAGCAUUGCAGUUUCAGAGAACAGUUAAGACUGCCUCUAGUGGUUGUCUACCAAACAGCCACUAGAGGCGCUUCCUACUGUAUCACAGAGUUUAUACAUGAGGGCAUCCAGCAUCUUAAAAUCUCCCAUAGUAAAGCACUAAUUCAGUGCUUUCCUAUGGGGAAGGUAUAAUACUCACGUGGCAUUUGUCGCACAUGCGGAUUAGGUUCCCCCUUGGGGCUAACGUCUGAUAUCACUUCCUCUAAGUGCUGAAAUGCAUAAAAUGAGGAUUGUCUCUCACAACUUACAAACAAAGGUUUGCAAUAGCCGAUAUCUGAAGUCCCACUGGGACUCAUGAAAGGCCAGAGCCUGUUUGACUCUAGCAGCCAUGAGUGCCGUGCAUGGCACACAUGCCAUAGAUUGCUGACCCCUGCUAUGUAUAGUGUUGGGAAAAUGACUUUGUAUUCCUAAAACUAUAGUGUUACUUUAAGUUUUUUCUUCCAUUUAUACUAAUAAAGGCAUAUAAUUUAAUUUAUUUUCAUUACCCUUGUCUCCUGUUGAAAGUAUCAAUCAUGUUUUCAGUGAUUGUUACACUUGCUGUUAGACACACCUCUCCUGCAUACCCCUGUUUGGAAAGCACAGAUUUGCUAAGAGUUUAUAAGUCCCAAUAUUUUAUAUUAGCUUUGUGGUAUGUAAAUAAAACGUAUUUGUUCUCUCUCUCUGUCCAUUCUCAGAUUACUUAUUCAAAGCUUCUCCAAUAAAUUGUUCAUUCUUUCUUCCUGUGCUGCUGAUGCUGCUCUCACACAGAGCCUGUCCCUCCUUCCUUCUCCUUGUAUUCCUUGCUUUCUAAUAGACUGAAUUCAAGGCAGGAGAGAUGCCAAGAGGAGGCUUUUCCUUUUAACAGAUUAGCAGAGCACUUCUUAAGAGCUUUCUUAUCUCUGUGCUGAUUGGAACAGACUAAUCUGAAUGACAGGAGAGGAAAAGGUUGUGUUUUAACCUCCAAUUUCUGUGAAAUCUAGACAUUUGCUAGCACAAUGUAUAGAUGAAAUUUGAGAUUAAAUUGUAUUUGUCAUGACAGGUGCCCUUUGUCAAAGGAACAGAUGGGGAAAUUACAGUAAAUUUAAAGGGACCCUUUAAGUACAAAAAGCUAGGGCAGCUAGUUGUUUUGUUGCUAGGCGUCUUUUAAACAGGAUUAAUGUCAUGUGACAAAAACCAAGGCUGUCCCUGGUCCAAGUAGGUAUUCAUCCACUUUGAUAAUGUACAAAUUACACGGUUCUGUUAUCAGUGUGAUUUCAUCCAAUCUUAAAUAUGUCACAGACUGAUGUGCUGUAGGCCUAUCAUUGCCAUUAAAGGUUGGACUGCGUAAUUUCAGCAUUAUCCAUGUGACUGCAAAGUGACCUUGAUAUGGGCCCUAUAAGAGCCCAUGUUUUUGUCAUACUACUCUUUUUUUUUGGACACACUCCUCUGUUCCUGUGUGUCCAACUCGUCUGGUUACAAAUACUUGUCUGUUAGUCCACCAAUAAAACAGCGCUAUGGAUGGCGCUUUAUGAAUAAAAAUAAUAAUAAAAGUUUGACACAAAGUUUGGCAUGAAACUCUUAGGUCUAUAGAUAAUAUGGUUUUGCGGUCACGGUUUGGAUUCCAUGUCUGCUACUUUUUUCUGUCCGGUUCCCCUAUGUUCUCUUCCUGUAUGCGGAAAUAGUAGUUGCCUUAAAUUGGGAGCAUGUGUUUAUCUAACUAAAUAUCACACUGCUGUGCACAGCAGCAUGUUAAGGGAACACUCCAAGCACCCUAACCACUACAGUGCGCUGUUCUGGUUAAAGUGCCCGGAUUGCCAUGAUGACCUCUAUUGUAAAUCGUCAUUCUGCUUUAGAAUGGUUUGACUUCUUACCUGGGAUCUGCAGGGCGCUGUUUCCUGCAUCUCCUCAGCCGUAAGAUCUCCGCUCAGAGCUAGGACUGAGAGUGCAUCACUUAUAUCCUUGUCUGAGAUAAGCUGACACUGAGCGAUAAGCUGACACUUAGCCAGUCCUGCAAUGCAGAGUUUAGCUCCAGAGAGCUAAUGGAAGCUAUAAGCAGGAACUUUCAGCUCUCCUGUUUGCUGAUAUGAAUCAGGGGGCAACAUCCGGCAGGCCUCAUGUAAGAAGCCUUCUAAAACAGUUUGACUACUAACAUUGAGGGGGCAUCGGGGCUCUCCUACAGAGCAUUGUUGAUGCCAUCAAAAUAUGAGUACAAUACAGGGAAAAGCAGUGCGAUCUUCAUUAAGGUAAACACCACCUAUGAUCACUGGAAAGGAAGCAUCAGUGGGAGACCUUUAAGAACACUUUAAAAAAGUUACAUUUUCAAAGUUUAAUGGAUUCAUUAACCCCUUAAGGAAUGACAGCGUAAUUUAGUCAAAGAAAAAGAAAACCACCUUCACGGAUAAUUUAUAUCUGAAUGGAAUGCUGUAGUCAUUUAUUAGUCGUAGAGCUGUAAGCCCUGAAUAAGAAGGAUAUUCGAUAGUGCCAUAGAGUCUUAAAAAACUAGAUUGUGAAGGAAUAGUUUGUUUUUUUAAUGUAGUGCAACAUGAAAAAACAUUGAAAUUAUCUAGUGCAUUUUAUUGUUAAUUGCUCCCUUUUAUAAAUCUCCUCCUUAGUGUCUUUAAUAGGAAAUGGUCAGAAAAAAAUGAGACGGAUGUUGGAGAAACAGAAUAUAGUUCAAGAAAAAAAUAUGUUGAAUGAAAUGUAAUAAGUAAUCUUCUGUAAACCGAAGAGUCGUCUAGGGAAUAUUUUAAAUAUUUAAUUUUUUUUUUUUUCUUUCUUCAGGAGAAGAAGUAUGGAGAAAAAAUAUUGUGAAUUGUGUAAGACCCAUUACCAGGAAGACACUAUCGAAACUCACGAACGUUCCACCGUCCAUCUCUUUAACAAGAGGAAGAAACUGCCUCCUACUUACUACGCUAUCCCAGAAAAUAACGUAGGAUUUAAAAUGAUGCUGAAAGAAGGCUGGAAUCGAGAGUCAGGGCUGGGGCCGAGUGGUACAGGGAGGAAAUUUCCUGUUCAGACUGUUCUCAAGAGAGAUCAAAAAGGACUUGGCUUUCAAACAAACCAGAAAGCCAAAGUCACCCACUUCCCAGCCAAUGACACCCUGGCAGUCUCUCGGCCAGAGACUAAGCCUAGUAGGAUAGAACGGGUGUCCACAGUCAGCAAGAAAGAGGAAAGAAAGAAGGAAGAAAGAGAGAAAACUUGGGAGCGGAAUCUGAGGACUUAUAUGAACAUAGACCUCUAGUUUUACUGAACAGAGCCCUACAAGGCACCUCUCCAGCUUGUGUUAUUUUCUGCCCCAAUAAAUAGACUGAUUAAAUGUUGGUUGUCUUUUAAUAGGUCAUGUACUCUGUGCUACAAAUAUAUUUCUACAGAAUGAGACAAGUCUACCAGCGCGAACUGAUGCGAUGCCAGACGUUUUAAGAACUUGAUAUUUAAAUCAUUAUGCCUUAAAUGUUUCAAAGCUGCUAAAGGCCUUCUUGAAGAUGGGAUCUUCAGACCACCUUUCUCUGACCAGGUUUAAUCGCCUUGUAACUAGAAUAAUAAAAUGACGAUUGGAAGACUUUGUCAUUUUGUCCAGACGUCAUGACCGUGGUUAUCUUAAGGGCCAGCUGUCACUUCUUUGGAAUUUACACCAUUAAAUAAAACACUAGAAAUCACAUAUAGCUUGUGUUAACAUUGUUUUCAUGUAAUGCUCCAUUUUCUUCCAAAUUUAUAUUUAGCAAAGGACAUCAUAAUCCAAUUCAGGCAAGGCAAAGCCAGGGCAAACAGUGGAAACAAUAAUAAGAAAUACAUACAUGGUUUAAUUUCUCCUCUUCACUGUGUGCUUUCUCUAUGCUUACUGUCAGGUUUCCAAAUUGGGCAGAUUAUACAACAUUGAUUGACAGGGAGCUAAGAUGGAGGUGCCCAUUUGCAGGAUAAAGAAUUGCAGAUGUUUUCAUUUAAUUAUAUUUUUAACACCUCACAAGUUUGUUAAAUAGAGGGGAUGAGUAAACAUAUUACAAAUCUUGGGCGGGAUAGUUCUACUUUAAGUAUCUUGUUUAUCGAGUGAUUUUUGGUUUCCUUGACGUGCUGUCUCGGACCCUACAAGCCUGCUGUGUAUUGUGGGUAAGCUAAGUGUGCCUUUCAGAGCGUGUACUCAAUCCACCGCAAUGGCAAUUGUUUGAUGGUCAGCUACCUGGCUUAACCACAUUUUCUGUGACGUCUGAAGCGCAGAGAGCCAUUAGACAGGAGACCGGAAGGAUGGGGGGGGUGAAAUGGGCGUCUUUAGAGAUCAGUAAAAAUGAACUCUAGAUUAUAUAUCAUUCUAUCUUCACCUCACCAUCUGAAAAGAAUGGAGCUUUGUCUACACUUUCUCUGCAAAUGUAUUGUCCUCGCUUCGUUUAAUAGAAUACUACAAACUGGUAAGAAAGAGCUGAUAAUGUUACUGUCGUAACUUUCUAGAUUAACCAAAAUAUCUGAAAAAUGUCAUGAAUAAAUGUAAUUUAAAUUCUGAAUAUAGGCAUCUAGUUUGUUUGUACCCAUGUUGAACGUGAUCCUGGGUGGGAUCUUUUAUAAAAGUGAAAUGAUCAGAAAUAGUGCAAAGUUUGGAAAGUGUAGGAAUUACACAGGAUUCUAUUAUGAUACAUGUUUAGUAUAAAGUUUAUGAUCCCCACGACACCUAGUUUAUUUCAAGGCUCACACACACUCCCUACUCGUUCCUUUUCUCAUAUGCUUAUGCUUCCUCGUGGCAUCAAAUUGAGGAUAUUCGUUGAUUUGUAGUGACCGUUGACAGUCAAUGUACCAGAAUUUAAUAACCAGUGAGACUACUGUAAGAUUUUCCUUUACAAUCAUGGAAAGGUUCUGAAAAUCUGUUAAUAAUGAG